AUGAAACGGUUUAAUAAGAAAAGGAAUUUGGUAAAUACAUGGAAUGACGCAUUGGUUCCUAUUGCUAAAAACCAUCUCAAUGACAUCGCUAAGAACUUGGGUGAAUAUGAAGUUACUAGAAGUUGUGAGAAUCAAGCUGAAGUGAAGUACAAGGGAACACGUUGGGAGGUCAACUUAGAUGAAAGAAAAUGUAGUUGUCGAGCGUGGCAAGUUCGGGGCCGACCAUGUGUACAUGCAGCGGCUUUUAUUGCUUUUAUAAGGGAUGCUAACCGGGACAAAUAUGUUGAUCCCUAUUUCACUAUAGAGAAGUUUAAAGCUGCAUAUGCUUUUCAAAUUGCUCCGAUGCCCGGACAGGAUCAAUGGACACAAAAAGAUGGGGAGAAAAUAUAUCCACCUAUUAUCAAACGCCCACCUGGACGACCAAGAAAAAACAGAAUUAAAUCAUCAGAUGAGUCUAAAAAAAGACACAAAUGUCCGCGAUGUGGAGAGUAUGGACACCGUGAAAAGACAUGUAAAAAUCCAGCAUCUCAAAGUUCCGAUCAAAGUGAAACAUCCACAUCCAAAAGGAAACGUGGAAACAAUACAAAAUCGCAGGGUGGUUCAGGAGUUUCGGGGUCUAUAUGA